AUGACAAGUGGAGAGUUACAUGCAAUACUUGUUCCAUUCGGUGUAACCUUUUACUCUAUAGUUUUCUUGCUGUCAGUUUUGGGAAAUUUUAUUGUCCUCUCAGUUUGUUACCGAUCAAUAAAAAGAAAGUUGGGUUCACUAAAAUGGUUUAUCGCUAAUUUAGCUGUUGCUGACCUGACGUUUGUGUUCCUGUCUAUACUGGACCUCGUUAGUUAUUUAUCACGUACAUGGGUUGGAGGUCAGAUCUCUUGCAAACUGCAAAGUUUUUUCAUCGAGGCUUGCUACACAGUAUCCAUAACAACUCUGUCUAUUAUAAGCUUUGAACGACUCAAGGCAGUGGUCGAGCCACUUCAUACAAUAACGAUUACUCCAGCGCGUAUUUAUGGAAAGCUUAUCGCCACCUGGAGCAUGAGUGUGGUUAUAGCUUCGCCAUUACUUUAUGCCUACCAAACCCAAACCGAUGCCAACGGGAAGGUUUCCUGUACCAACAAUAAAUUUGGAGAUUUGGGAAGACAAGUCUAUUAUGGCAUUCAUACGAUUUUCUUUUUCGUCGUCCCUCUAGUCUACAUGAUUUAUGUCCAAAGAAAAAUCUUCAUAUCUUUACGCUCGAGCACCAAGGUGUUCCCAAAGCAAAACAGUUUUACAACAGUGCGCUCUAAACGGCAUCUCAAGGCGGCGAAGCCACUACUUGUUCUAACUAUGGCAUUUGCUGCCUGCUGGUCGCCCUUCAUCUGUGUUCGAGGGCUCAUUUACAUUCAUCUCGCAGAAGAAGGUUAUAUCUGGAGAGCAUCCCAGCUUUUAAUUUUCUUGAACACGAUGUUAGAUCCAAUUCUUUACGGUAUCUAUGGGGAACGUGAGAACUUCAAGGCAAUUUUAAAACGUUUUAUUCCAUGUGCCAAAUGUCAAACCCGUGCUCUGGAAGAACUCAGUCGGUCCACUCAAAGCCAAACGGCAACUAACAAUGAGAAAAACUGUUACCCAUGGCCAGGUCUGGUAAUAGAAUUAUAUGAAUAGAAGUCAGUCCUACGCCGAAUUAAACCAAACAGUGGCACAUGAGCCGCAGGCGUGUGCAUCAUUGGUGUUCUUUCCAAAUUUUGGCGUUUUCUACGAUUUGUUACUACAUAAAUCUAUGGAAACAGGAAUCACGGAAACUAUUUAAAAGACAUGUUUUUUAGCUAAUUUUGUAGAGAGGUUAUUUGCGGGCCUCCAAAAUAUUUUAGGAGUAACCUUAGGAAACGAGCAUUUUAGACAUUGAACACAGAGUUACAAUGAAAGUUACCAAAAGUAUUUAAACUUCUUCAGAAACAUUGUUUAAGUUCUGGCCUUAGAACUGCCUUUUUUUUUAGCUCAAAAAUGGCUGCAGGCUCACUUACAUUAUCGGCACCUUUACAUGGGCGAUCCUGAAUAAAACACGACCAUUUUCGAAAUUGUACACCAUUUUGAACCAAAGAGAGAUAACCAUUUUUAGAUGACGUAAGUACUAGGCUUGUUCUUUAAUAAAUUUUAGGAAGGAGCAAUUACAGACCGCGUAGUAUCUAAAUCAAGUCUUAGUAUGAACAAUCAAUUUUGAUUUUACACGAGGUUGAAGUUUUUAGAAUGUAAAGCCGCCAUCUUGAUCUUGUCUUCACUGUUUCCUGGAUUUUUGGGCUAAUAAGUAUCAGUAAACCUCGAGAAAACACCACAGUCUCUAUGACUCUUCAAUCAUUUGCCAAGCCCUUUUCACAACUGAUAUACAAUUUUGAACUACAAAUGAAAAUUCUCGCCUUCUUUUUUUGAAGGGUGACUCUUACAGUAACUUUACAACAUCAUUCUUAAACUGAGAUCGAUAGAAUUGAAGUCAUCGUCACAAAAUAACGAUUAGCAUUAUUUCCACUGCAGAAUCAGCUGAUUAAACAAAUUAAUAGAACCUAAAUAAUAAGUCUCUUUUGAUGCGUGUGUUUCAUCACCGCAAUGUGCAUGUUUCAACUUAGAUGCGAAGCCGGCAUAACUGAUGUGAGUAUGUGAAUGAUUCUUUUUCAGCUGGCACAGUAUUGAACUAACUGGUCAGUUUCCUUGUUGUCUAGCUUUUUCCUUUUCAAAUAAGCGCACUCAGCUGGAGACAGGUUUAGGUGGUUUUAGAACUGGUACGUCGCGAUAUUCUGAACAAAUUUUAGCGUCGACGUCAUGGAGAAUAACUUUAAGUGGAAUAAAACUAGGAAAGGAAGAAAAAAUGUUUACGAGGCAAACCAACCAGAAAAAAAAAAACUAAAAAGAGAGAGAGAGACAGACAUUCACAUGAGUUGAAUCCUCUUUCUGCCGGGAUAUUUCAUUAAGUCUUCCACAGUCUAAAAUAGAAGAUGACAUGAGCAGCUUGUCUGCCCUCUCACGAGGUGAAAAAUUUCAUCAACAAAAAAAAAAAUAAAAUAAAAUACAGAUAUAAAUAUGUAUUUAUAAUAAAAGAUAUUCCAGCACGGUCGGUGGCAGUCGCUAUUUCAUGAUUAUCUGAUCACUUCAGACAGAAAAUUUAACGUCUACAUGCUACAAGUCUCUUCAAAGCACAAAAAGCCAUCUAGUUAAUGCACUACAUAAAAAGGGGCCAAAUGAAGUGACACUCAGUGGAAACGCCAUUCGAUGAAAGGAUUUGUAUAGCAUAUGUCAGCCAUACAGAUCAGUUGGGUAUAGUAUAAUCAAAAUGUAUAUUCCGAAAAAAAACUCCUGAUCAGUUAAAUUGUAGAACGGCAAUUGAGUCGAAUGGAAAUUUUACUAAGGUAAUUGGUCAGGAUAAUAAGGAGAGUCUUUUUGCCCGGCCGCAAUUUUCUUUUCAAUACGAUAACAUCGACAUAUACAUAACUUUGACACCUGCCAAACGGAAUUGAAAGUAAUAACAUCAAACCGGCUAAUUUAAGCGAUGGAAAACGUGUUUAAUCGAGUUGCAAUUGGUUUCCGUUUUGAAAAUGUUCGCUUUGAAUGCGGUGAGAGUAUCUUAAACCAACAAAGACGAGAAUUUAAUUUUUAAGUAAAACAAAAACAAAGCAAUUUCAGACAAAUCGGAAUUUUCUCUAAGUUAUUAUAUAAUGAAUCGUUCAGAAAUAUAUCCCCGAAAACGUCACCCGAGUGCACCAUCCUAAGACUGCAGUUUUUCACCCGCAACGGAGUCGGAGUCGUAAGAGCGCGCAUCCGACCAGGUGCGUAAGUGGAGUCAUAAGCUUAACGAAACAGAAUCGGAAUCAGAAGAAUCAUUCUCAUUUUCUUCCGAUUUCGCUGAAGACUGCGACUUUUAUGAUCCAGUAAAAACUAGACUGUUAGAGUCGCAGUCAGGAGUGGAAGAACGAACCAAUCAUUGAGAUAUUUUGAUCAAUUUAUUCUUGGCCUUUCACUUGUGACUAUGACCAUGUAGUUUUCACUGGAUUGUAUAUCUGAUGGAGUGGUAAGUGGCAUCAGUAGUUUUCUUUCGAUACCGUCAGGUUUGAUUUCCAUUAGAUCGUAUCACGCAGUACAUCUGAUUACGACUCCGACUUCUUCGUAAGUGAAAACCAGCCUUAUGCCCUUACGCUUUCGGGAGGUCAUUUAGAACACUGUAGAUUUUCUUAAAGCUCAGGGAGCAAACCUUACGAAAACACAUAAUUGAUUAGGAGGAAAGUGGACCCCCAUUGAAACACGUUCGGAGGACGUCAAGCAUUUGACUGACAUGGGAAAUUUCAUCGAUUAUCGCUUUUGAAUCAAGGCUAAAUUUUCCCCCAAGAAAUAAAAGAAAGGAAAAAAAAAAGGAAAAAGGCUCAUAUAAUAACAAAGUGUAUCUCUUUUCUCUUUGGGAUUUCCAAUGGUUUUUCAAGACAUCAUUACCACCAUUCACGAUCUCAUGACUUAGUCUAUAGAUUUUUCCAUGUAUUUGAAAAAAUUCAAUCAAAAGCCAGUUUCAAGCAAGAUUUUAACUUUCUGAGCUUCGAAUAUCCCUAAAGAAAGUUAAAGGACAAUUUUGCUUUAAAUCCUUUCUUUUACAAAUUAAGAAAAAUUCUGAUUACUCUCGAUGAGGAAAAAGUUCAUUAGUGAACCUGACGACAGAUAGUUUACCCAUUUGAAGACGUUUAAUCAUGAAAAAUAAAACCAUCCACGUGUUAAAUUUGGUGUCAAAUUAGUAUUUGAAUUCCAAAUAUUUGAAAUUAUUCACCUCAGCGUCGGGGAAAUGGCUUAUAUUUACUAAGCCGCCAAAAAAAAAAAGCUGUUUAUGUCAAUGCAGUGAAAAAUGGUUGGAAAUGCAACUCUUGACUCGAAUUUGUCUGAUUUGCCCAAUUAACAAUUUAUUUAUGCGAGGACUGGGACUAAUCCCGAGAGGAUUCAGACACAUUAAUAUACGCCCUUUAGUGCGUAACUAGGGAUCAUUGUGUAAUCAACGGGAACAUUACCAGAAAAGGGGCGCACCAGAAUUUUGACUUUUUGUCAAUGUAAAGUGUAAACAUUAAACUCUUCUGUUUUCCUGUGUCGACGCCUGGUCUUCUAAUUCUUCACCUUCGACCACGGUUUCGAAUCAUUGUCUCUUUGGCUACCCGGGGGUAAACUACUUUCUAAUCAUCUCCGAAUUAGCCAUUCAGCGGGCGCAAAAGCACCAUUUAUCUGCGUGGUACCUACUAAAACUCAUUAUUUCUAAUUGUUAAUUGUCGGUAUAUUGCAAAAUCUAAAUGUACAAGUGUUCUUGAAGAUGUUGAACAAAAAAUUUAUGUUGCUCACGUUUGAGGACCUCAUCAAGAGGCCACUCGUUUGAAUGACACUCGAUGGAAGGGAAAUUCUCAAAUCUAAGGGAAACAGUAUGGCCUCUGCGUAUUUGCUCGUUAAACAAAAACUUAAUUUAUCUUUAGUCAAGUAUAGUAUAAGGGGAACUAUAUGACUUGUCACAUCACUAGGAUGUCAGUUCUAAAAUUAUACUUAAUGGGAAAGCCAACAUUCAAUGAACAAGGAAGUACAUAAAGUGUUUAAUUUUUUGCUUUGUUGCAUUUUGAGAAAAGUAACGUCAUUUAUUUCUAGUAACUUUGAUGGUAAGGCUUAACUUGUAGGAAGGAGGAACCAUAUGAUGAGUGACAUCUUAAGGAAGCCGCUCUUAAAAUGACACUUAACGAAAAGGCUAAUAUCUAAUGGCUAAGGAAAUACAUGAAGUGUUUUUUUUCCUGUUUUCCCACAAAUCUUCUGUAGUGUACAAGCAACAAUAUUCUUUGUGGCUCCACUGCUGUACAUGA